AUGGAGAUUAAAAUAAAUGGUGAAAAUAUGAACAUUGAUAAUGAUGGUGAUGCAAUUGUUGUGUCAGGUAUCUCAGGACGGUUUCCAAAUGCAAACAACGUGCAAGAGUUUGAACAUAAUUUAUACAAUAAAAUUGACAUGUCUGAUGAGGACGAAAGUCGUUGGAAACAUUUCCAUCCUGAAGUUCCAAAACGAACGGGAAAAAUUCGAAAUUUGAAUAAGUUUGAUGCUUCGUUCUUCUCAAUUUUAAAUAAGCAUGCAAAUUGGAUGGAUCCACAAUGUAGAUGCUUAUUAGAGCACGCAUAUGAAGCAAUUAUUGAUGCAGGAAUAUCGCCUCAAUCGUUGGUUGGAAGUCGUACUGGUGUUUUCAUUGGAUGUUGCUUCUCAGAUUCUCGUGAUGCAUUUUUCUAUAAUGUUCCUGCUAAAGAAGGUUAUGGAGUGUUUGGAAACGCCAACUUUUACCUCUCGAACCGUCUUUCAUAUGCCUUGGGCCUUUGUGGUCCAUCAUUCACAGUGGAUACCGCAUGCUCAAGCUCAGCUUAUGCAUUAGAUUGUGCUUACAAAUAUAUUAUGAGCGGUGCUUGUGACUCAGCAAUUGUUGGAGGUUCACAAUUAGUACUAAAUCUUCAAACAACACUUGAAUACUCUAGAUUGCGAAUUUUGGCACCGGAUGGAGAAUUUUGCAGACCGUUUGAUGAGAAUGCAACUGGAUUUACUCGUGCUGAUACUAUUUGUUGCAUAUUCUUACAGCGUCAAAAGGAUUCUAAGCGUGUAUAUGCACAAGUGAUGUACACAAAUUCUAAUAAUGAUGGAUUUAAGAAGGAAGGAUCGUCAUUUCCUAGCCGUGUGAUGCAACAGAAAUUGAUGGAAGAUUUCUUCAAAGAAUCAAAGAUUGAUCCAGGUCUUGUGGAUUUUGUUGAAGCUCAUUCUACCGGCACACGUCUUGGAGAUCCAGAAGAAGUAGCAUCAAUAGAUGAAGUCUUCUGUAAAACUGUGAAACGUAAACAACCGCUCUUGAUUGGAUCUGUAAAAUCAAAUAUGGGUCAUGCUGAAGCUUCCUCAGGUGUAGCAUCGAUUGCAAAAAUCUUAUUGGCUCUUGAGAAACAUCAAAUUGCUCCAAAUAUAAACAUUACAAACAUGAGAAAUGAUAUACCUGCUUUUGCUGAAGGUCGUAUUCGAGUUGUGACAGAGGUUGAAAAACUUACUCGACCAUUUAUCUCAAUGAAUAGUUUUGGACUUGGUGGUGCAAAUGCUCAUGCACUUUUCAAAGGAAAUUUAAAAGAAAAAGUAAAUUAUGGAAUUCCAACUGAUAAUUUGAAACGAAUGGUUCUGUGGUCAGGUAGAACUGAAGAAUCAUUGCAUUCGAUUUUUGAUGACAUCAUUAAACGCCCACUUGAUGCUGAAUAUAUAGCUCUACUUCAAAACUCUCAGAUUGUAACAAAUCCGGCUAAUAUUUAUCGUGGAUAUGCAAUAUUCCAUCAUGAUCCACAGACCCAGAAAGCUGUGUGUACAUCUCGUGACAUUCAACAUUUUAAUGGAGAAAAAAGACCAAUCGUGUUCGUUUACAGUGGAAUCGGAAGUCAAUGGGCUGAAAUGGGAGCUGAUUUGUUAAAUAUUCCAAUAUUUGCGGAGACUAUCAACUAUUGCCAUGAUAUCUUAGCUCCAAAAGGAAUUGAUUUAAAGCAUAUUAUAACAUCUCCUGAUAAGUCUUUAUUCAACAAUGUUCUUCAUUCUUAUGUUGGAAUUAUUUCAAUCGAAAUUGCCUUGACAAAUAUUCUCAAAGCUCUGGGAAUCAAGCCUGAUUACAUUAUUGGGCAUUCAGUUGGUGAAAUCGGUUGUGCUUAUGGAGAUGGAUGUUGGACGAUGCAAGAAACUAUAUUAGCAGCAUAUGCUCGUGGAAUUGCUAGCUAUGAAUCCAAAUCAGUCAAUGGAGCAAUGGCUGCAGUUGGAAUGAACUUUAGAGAUGUUGAGAAAACUUUACCAUCAACUAUUGACAUUGCUUGCCAUAAUGGAAUAGAUUCAACUACUAUUUCAGGGCCAGUAAAAGCAGUUCGAGAAUACAUUGAAAAAUUAAAAGAGAAAAAUAUUUUUGCAAAAGAAGUAGAAAGUUCUGGUAUGGCUUUGCAUAGCCGAUACAUUAAAGAAAUGGGAGUUGAUUUACUCAAACGAUUAAAAGAGGUUAUCAAAAAUCCUAAAAAACGUUCAGAACGAUGGAUCAGUUCAACAUAUUCUGAGAAUGAAUGGUCGGUUAAUCCCGAGAGUCAGUUCUGUUCUGCAGAGUAUCAUACGAAAAAUUUAUUGAAUCCUGUUCUAUUUGAGGAAGUGACUGAAAUUGUACCGAAAAAUUCCCUGACUAUCGAAAUUGCUCCACAUGGGCUUUUGAAAUCUAUUCUGAAACGAUCAAUUAAAGAUGGAGUUCACAUUAGCUUGACACGUCGUGACAAUAAAGAAGGAUGCAGUUUAUUGAUGGAUUCUUUGGGAAAACUGUUUCAAAAUGGAAUUGAUAUUGAUAUUCAAAAGCUGUAUCCAGCAAUUCAAUUUCCAGUUUCUCGUGGAACUCCAAUGAUAUCUUCGAUCUUCAAAUGGAAUCAUUCUGAUAACUACUUUGUUGGGAAUUUCGAUUCACACAAUCUUUAUGAGAAAGAAAAAAUUGUUAUCAAUUUAAAUGAUAAAGCAUUUGAAUUUGUACAAGGUCACAUUAUUGAUGGGAAAGUACUUUUUCCUGGCACAGGAUGGUUGUACUUGGUCUGGGAGAAUUUCGGUAAAAUGAUGGGCAUCAAACAUACAAAUUUGAAAGUUGUUUUUGAGGAUGUGAAGUUCUUACGUGCAACUUCUCUCUCAAAAAAUCAAGAUGUUGUGGUCACCAUAUCGAUUCAUAGAGGUUCUGGGAGAUUUGAAAUUUACGAAGGACGAUCGACAAUUGCCAAUGGCUUCAUAAAAGCUGGAGAAAAUGUUGAGUUGAUGAAGAUUGAUGUCGAAGAAAAGAAAGAUGCCGUUAAAUUAGCAGAACCAGAUUUUUACAAAGAAAUGCGUCUUAGAGGAUAUUACCAUCAGGGCCUUUUCAGAGCAAUCAAAGAAAUUCGUGACGAUGGGUUGGAAGGGAAAAUCAAAUGGAAUGAUGAAUGGGUUACUUUCAUGGAUUGUCUCAUUCAAUUCCAAGUUGUUAUGAAAGAUACUAGAAUGUUAAUCUUGCCAACAAGUGUGAGAAAGAUGGUUAUUGAUCCAGCAUUGCAUUUUAAAAUUAUUGAAAAUUCUCGAGAGCAAGAAAUUAUCUUUGAUGCUAAAUGUUGUCCGUACAUCAACGUCAUUCAAGCUGGUGGUGUUGAAAUUCAUGGGUUUGAAGGAAGUUUAGUAAACAGAAGACGUCCACCAUCAGAUCCAGUUCUUGAGUCAUACAAAUUUAUUCCGUAUAAAAAUAUUUCAAAAGUCUCCAAGCGCAAUGUUGCAAAGAUUUGCGUUCAAAUUGCUUUGGAAAAUUCUCCAAUGAAGAAACUGUCAUCUGUAGAAAUUGGAGAUGAGAGUUCACCAUUAAGUGAAUAUAUUUUCAAGGGUCUUGGUGAUUUACCUUUAAUUACACCAGAAGUUAAUUAUUUGACAUCACAAGAAGUUGAUUUGGAAAAUGUUGCUGUACAAAAUCAAGAGUUAACCUCAUUCAGCAACGUCAAUUUACUGAUCAAAUCAAAAUGUACAAAUGACAAUGCAUUUAUUGAUUUAGCUAAGUCAGUAAUGCAUGAAAAUGGGUUGAUUAUAUCAAAAGAUCCCAUGAAAAUUACUACGGAUAUAAAUGAAAAACUACAAUUAAUAGCAGAAAUAGAAUUAGACGACGGAUAUCUUCAUGUGAUGAGAUUCAAGAGUUCACAAAUUCAUGUUCCAGAUUCUAUAAUAAAUGUUUCAUCAAAAGUUGAUGACUGGCUCGAACCGUUGAAAGCAGCAAUUGCAAAAGGAUCAGUAUUAGUUUAUUCUCAAGGAAAUGAUACAUCUGGAAUAAUUGGUCUCAUCAACUGCAUUCGUAAAGAGCCAAAUGGAGAAAAAGUCCGAUGUGUAUUUAUUGAUGAUAAACAAGCUCCAAAGUUUGAUGUUCAAGAUCCAUUUUACAAACCACAACUUGAGUUGGGGCUUGCAAUGAAUGUUUAUAAGAAUAGUCAAUGGGGAAGCUACAGACAUCUAGAACUGGUCGAAAAUGUAGAAGCUAUGCCAAGGUCAGAGCAUUGUUAUGCAAAUUGUCUUAUCAAAGGAGACUUGUCAACUCUUUCAUGGCUUUACGGUCCACUGAAUGUCCGAAAAGAUCGAGAAAUCAUCAAUAUUGCAUAUGCAUCUCUUAAUUUCCGAGAUGUUAUGCUUGCAACUGGAAAAAUUACUUCUGAUGAUGUGCUUGACAGAAUUCAGCAGCAAUGUGUUUUUGGUUUUGAAUUCUCAGGAACAACCAAAGCUGGUCGAAAAAUUAUGGGAAUGGGACCAACAGGAGCAAUGGCUACUCAUUAUGAUGCUAACAAAACACUUUUAUGGGAUGUUCCAAAUGAUUGGAAUUUAGAUGAGGCAGCAUCGGUUCCAUUAGUUUAUUAUACGGUUUAUCUUGCAUUCUUUAGAACCAUUCAAAUUGAAAAAGGCAAAACAAUUUUGAUCCAUGCUGGUAGCGGAGGUGUUGGUCUUGCAGCCAUUCAAGUUGCGUUAUCUUAUGGAUUAGAAGUUUAUACAACUGUUGGAUCAGAAGAAAAAAAAGAUUAUUUACGAACCAGAUUUCCUGCAUUAAAACCACAAAACAUUGGAAACUCCAGAGACACAUCAUUUGAACAACUGAUUUGUGUUCGUACAAAAGGAAAAGGUGUUGAUUAUGUGCUCAAUUCAUUGUCAGCUGAUAAACUUCAAGCAUCAAUCAGAUGUCUUGGAAUGAAUGGAACAUUCCUUGAAAUAGGAAAGUUUGAUAUAAUGAAUAAAACUAAUAUUGAUAUGGGACAUUUUGCAAAGAGAGUUAACUUCAAAGCGGUCUUCUUUGACGAUUUGCCGGUCGAAUCUGAGGAAUUGAAGAUUAUUCAUGACCUUGUAGAAGCAGACAUUAGAGCUGGAAUUGUUAAACCAUUGAAAGUAAAUGUUUUUGAAGCAGGAGAAAUUGAACAAGCAUUCAGAUUUAUGGCCUCAGGCAAACAUAUUGGAAAAGUAUUAUUGAGAAUGCGUGGUCAACCCAACGAUACUAAAUCGCUUCCGAUAAAAAUGUUACCAAGAGUGUAUUGCAAUCCAAACGGAAUAUAUGUCUUGGUUGGUGGACUUGGUGGAUUUGGGCUUGAGCUUGCAGAUUGGUUGAUCUUGAGAGGAUGCCGAAAACUAAUUAUGAGCUCGGGUCGAGGUGUGACUAAUGCAUAUCAGGCUUCAAGAAUAAAACUAUGGAAAUCAUAUGGGGUUGAUGUUCGUGUUACGACUGUUGAUGUUACCUCAAAGAAAGGAUGUGAGAGACUUCUUGUUGAUGCUGUGAAAAUUGGACCAGUUGGUGGAAUUUUCAAUCUUGCUGUAGCUUUGAGAGAUGGAAUAUUUGAAAAUCAAACAUCUCAAAUGUUCAUUGAAUCUUUGGCGCCAAAAGGUGAUGCAACACAGUACCUCGAUGAGUUAUCGAGGAAUCUGUGUCCAUCACUAAAACUUUUUGUCAUAUUCUCAAGUGUAUCUUGUGGUCGUGGAAAUGCUGGUCAAAGUAAUUAUGGUAUGGGAAAUUCAAUCAUGGAGCGAAUAUGUGAGAAACGUCAAAUCGCUGGAUUACCAGCUAAAGCCAUUCAGUGGGGUGCAAUUGGAGAUGUUGGACUUUUGGCCAAUUUACAGGAAAACAAUAUGGACAUGGAAAUCAGUGGAACACUUCCACAAAGAAUAAACUCAUGUUUGGAAGUUUUAGAUAAUCUUUUGACCAAUAAUGAUGCAAUAGUUGCUAGUAUGGUUGUAGCCGAAAAACGUUUUGAUGAUGUCAAAAAGGGAAAUAUUAUUGAAGCAAUUAUGAACAUCAUGGCAAUUAGAGAUAGAAAGCAAAUCUCAAUGGAGGCGAGCUUGUCAAAACUUGGUAUGGAUUCUCUGAUGGGAGUUGAAAUUCAACAAAUUUUAGAAAGAGAUUACGAUAUUGCACUUUCAUCUCAAGAAUUGAGAUCACUUACUUUAAGACAACUAGAAAAGCUUGUCAAUUCGAAAAGUUCUGGUGAGACCGUUGUUAGUUCUCAAUUGCCUAUUGGAAUUGAAAUGUUAUUAAAUAAUUUUGGAGAUGAAAAAGAGAGUCAUCAAACAAUAUUGAAGGUUAAUGAUGCGCCAUAUAGUGAUACAAAAAUAUUAAUUAUUUCUGGAAUUGAGGGUAUGAAUAAUGAUUCGUUGAAAACAUUAGCUGCAAAUCUUAGGCAUCCAGCAUAUGUCUUGCAAUUUGGAAAUUCUUCAAAAGCUUCAACUUUGGAUGAAAUAGUUGAAAAUGUCAAAAAUGAUAUAUUGAAUUUGUAUUCUGGAAGCGAAAAAUUCAUGCUGAUUGGUUAUUCUUUUGGAUCUUUGUUAGCAUUAAAGUUUACAAAUAUAUUGGAAUCCAUAGGAAAAUCUGGAAAAAUUGUAAUUAUUGAAGGUUCACCAAAAUUUGUUAAUGAUGUUGCAAAUCAUCUCCUACCAAAAGAUUACAACGAUGAAUAUAUUCUUGGCUUAAUAUUGUCAACCUGUAUCAAAAUUCUGUUCCCAGAAUCUAUCCAGGAAAUCACAAAGAAAAUAUUUUCACACACAGAACUUGAUAAACGUUUUGAAGCAUUCUUAGAAAUUGCUGCCACGCGCAGUGAAUAUAGUAUAGAUUAUGGAAGACAGAUGAUUGAAGGAUUAAUGAAACGACUCAAGAUUGUCUUGAAUGCUAAAAAAAUUAUAUUUACUAUGUUGAAGAAAUCUCCAAUGACUUUAAUUAAAGCAACAGAAUCAUCUUUAAGUGGUUUUGAUGAAGAUUAUGGUUUAAAACAAUUUAUAGAAGGUGAUUUAGAAAUGCAUGUAAUUGCUGGAAAUCAUUUGUCGGUGUUAACUAGCUCAAAACUUUUUGACAUUUUGAAUUUAUAGAUAA